AUGUGCACUCGCUGCAAGCGCCUCAACCUUGGGUGCAAGAUCGAAGACAACUUCAAGCGUGUUGGCAAGAGAUCGCGAAAUGCAGAGAUGGAGCGCGAGAUCAUCGAGCUGCGCAAACAGGUGGCUUCACAACCAAAGACAGCAGGUGUAGCCAACGGCGCUCAUACCAUUGGCAAAGCUGCUCUGCAACCAUCGCCCACGGGAGACGGGGCUUUCACAUCGGAUGCUGCCGCCGCAGGAUUGCUCGAUCUGAGAGGCGGCGGCACAGGAAGACCAGUAUUUAAACGGCUGGAAGACGUGAUGCUCACCCAGGAUCGGGCACAAGAACUCUUUCAACGGUUCUUCACAUUCCAUCACCCAUUCCUGCCGUUUCUCAACCCUGACAAAACGGCCGAGGAUUACUACGCCAGAUCGCCCCUGCUGUUUUGGACAAUCAUCGCUGUAGGUGCUCGUCAUUACACUCCUGAGCCUGAGCUCUUCCAUACCCUGACUGGGCCCGUAAUGCGGUUGGUAUGGUCAACGGUUGCUGAGGUACCACAAAACUACCAUAUGAUCAAGGCCCUCAUCUUACUGUGCGCUUGGCCAUUGCCUACGAGCAGCACUUCCACAGAUCCAACAUUCAUGCUCUGUGGUCUGAUGAUGCAGAUAGCCCUGCAGAUUGGUAUGCAUCGUCCAACACAUGCACAAGAUUUCAGUAAGUUCAGGGUCGAGCUAAGAGAGGUGGAGUUGCAGGAUAGAGUCGUGGUCUGGAGCGUGUGCAAUAUUGUCGCCCAGAGGAUAUGCACGGCGUAUGGGCAACCACCUCUCAGUAUCUACGACUGGACCCUGGGGCCGAAGCCCUUGGAAACAAAUCCCAGCUACGAACUGCCGGCUCCGAUAUUCAAUCGACUGCUGAUAGAAAAAUUCGUUGACAAGGUGUCAAGAACGCUUUACAUGAACCCACACGACCCCGUCGGCCUCGCAAUGGACACGGAACGUCCUACUUACGUGUCAUUCCUCGCACAUGAACUGGAGGAACUUGAAGAUAAACUUCGCAAGGACACUUCGCCUAUUACCAAGAUAUACCUCAAGGCUGCCGGGCUCCACAUGAGAUUGAGUGCCUUCUUCUCGCCCCCUUCAUUACCGUCGUACCGGACAGACAUGCUGAAACUGUACUAUGCUACAACUGAGUUUCUUGAGACUUGUCUGAGUCUGGAAUCAAACAUCAGCGUCAAUCUGCCAUCAAGCUAUUCCCAUGGCCUAUCCUUGUCACAUGCGACGAACUAUAUAUUCUUCACGAUGCUUGGCGCUGGAUUCUCACUCCUCAAACUCAUGCAUCACUUCCUCGGCGAGCAUGAGCUAGACGAGAAGGGUGCCUCCGAGCUUUUAUCCAGGACGGUUUGGGCGCUGAGGAGCAUGAGCGUGGAGGAAAACGACCUGGCCGAACGCUUGUCGGAGGUCCUAGCUCAAGUCUGGAAAAGCGGGCGUGUGCGUGCGGAACCAAACCGUAACAGCAUCGGCGAAGGUGCUGCCGAUGAUAGUCUCCAGCUCAAGGUCAAGUGUCGGAUGUCCAUGUCUGUGGUCUUCGACUCGGUUUGGCAGUGGCGACAGAAUUUCCAUUUCCGAGGCGGAAAGCCAGCUGAUGUGAGGCAACAAAAUCCGCAACUUCAGCAGCCCGAUACCAAAGUGAACAUUCCUGCUUCGAGCACAGACUCCGUCUCAGCGAUGAACGGGCCUAUGCUGUCAGAGCCAGCCAUCCCUCGAACAGCUGAUCCUCUUAACGUGGAAUAUGGCCAGCCAGAUUAUGAUGUGUUCGACCCACUCAAUUGGAUACUGGACGGCAUAGUGGAUUUUCCCCACAACUUCAACAGUCUACGCGGGGACGAGCUUACAGAUCUGGACCCGUUGGGCGGGGGAAUUUGA